AUGGGCGUCGGGGAGUGGACGCGGGGACCGACGAUCGGCAGGGGCUCCUCGGCCACUGUAUCGCUCGCCGUCGAUCGCCGGACCGGAGGAUUGCUCGCGGUGAAGUCGGUGGGCGCCGACCGGGCUGCUGAGCUCCGGCGGGAGCAGAGUAUCCUCGGUGGCCUGAGCUCUCCGUACGUCGUGCGCUGCCUUUGCUCGGAAGUAUCAGCGUCGUCCGACGGCAGCGGCGGGUACGACAUGCUGAUGGAGUACGCGCCGGGCGGGUCGUUGGCCGACGAGAUCAGGCAGCGACGCGGCGGGCGGUGCGAGGAAUCACUGAUCCGUUCCCGCGCGCGCGACAUCCUGCGCGGGCUGGCGCACGCGCACGAUGCGGGCGUUGCGCACUGCGACGUCAAGGCCCGGAACGUGCUCAUCGGCGCCGACGGCCGCGCCAUGAUCGCCGACUUCGGGUGCGCGCGGCGCAUUGCGGGCCAGAAGCUGGCGGUCGGUGGCACGCCGGCGUUCAUGUCGCCGGAGGCCGCGCGGGGCGAGGCUCAGGGCCCUGCGGCGGACGUGUGGGCGCUCGGGUGCACGGUCAUCGAGAUGGCCACCGGCGCGGCGCCGUGGCAGUGGUUUGGGAGCCCGGUGGCGAUGCUCCACCACGUCGCGUUCUCGGGCGAGGCGCCGGAGUUCCCCGUGUGGCUGUCGGUGGAAGGCAAGGACUUCCUGGGCAGGUGCCUGCUGCAGGACGCCGGGGAGCGGUGGACGGCGGAGGAGCUGCUGGAGCACGAGUUCGUGGCAUUUGCCGCCGCGGUGUCGUCGUCGUCCAUCUCCGUGGCAGGGAUCACCACCCAGAAGGGGAUGUUCGUGUCCCCCAAGAGCGUCCUCGACCAGGCAUUUUGGGAGGAAGACGACGAUGACACGACCGCGGACACCGUUACCGCCGGUCCCAUCGACAGAGUCCGCGGCCUGGCCGCCGGUGCACCGGACUGGACCUGGGACGCGAGCUGGAUCACGGUCCAUUCCUCCAGCCCCAGCACCGACGACGACGACGACGACGACGAGGAGCUGGCAAUGUACACAUAUACCGACAGCGAUUCCCCCGUCGGCGGCAGCACCACCACCUCGGUUGGGUCCUCGAACAGCCAGGCCUCAUCACAUACCGACUGCGAUCGUUACGAUGACACGAGCAGCUGUAAUGGGGAGCGGAGUGAUGAAGGUGAUCACGGGAUUAAUGAUUGUACAUUUGCAAUCACAAGCAAUGGAUUCUUUUUCGAUAUGUUAUUCUUCCACCUCUCGUCGGCCUUCGCCUACCUCUGCUCGGCGUGGGCCCUGGCGUCGGCGAUGCACCCGUCAAUCGAAGCCUUGUAG